UCGAGUUCAGUAGUCCGUGGAGCGCGGCGCGGUGCCCAAGACGACGACGACGCUGCGUAGAGUGCGAGAGUGCAUCCAGCCAGCAUGGUGCUGCGUGUCCUGCAGCUGGCGGCGGCGGUGGUUGUGGUGUGUGCCCUGCAGGACCAGCCGGUGCAUUGUCCGAUCAUGGGGGCCGAGGGGUGCCGGUGCACGCAGGACCUGCACGAGUUCUACUGUCGGACCGCCGGUUUCAAGAAGGUGCCCGACGACCUGCCCUACACCGUCAUCAAAUUAGACUUAACGAGCAACAACAUUACUAGAUUGAAUGAAAGUUCCUUGAGCCACUAUCCACGUUUGGAAGAAUUGACUUUAUCGGAUAAUAAGCUGGAAUAUAUUCAUCAGAAAGCGUUUUCCAAGAACAUUUAUCUCAAACAUCUGUUACUCCAGAACUGCGGACUUGCGGUUAUUCCUAGUGAAGCGUUGCGGCCAUUAACUAAGUUACAAACUUUACACGUCGGCGGCAACGAGAUAUGGCGAGUGGAUCGAGAGGCGUUCGAGCCGAUGCCGGGGCUGCGCAGUCUGCGACUGGACGGCAACCGACUGCGCGCAGUCCCCACACCUGCGCUGACCGUACUUGCGCAUCUCGAGGUCCUGAAUAUUGGAAAUAAUCUGAUUAGUAGUUUGCCUGUUGGUUCAUUUCCAGAAAUGGUCAGUUUGACUAGGUUGUUGCUCAAGAGAAAUCAAAUCACGGAAAUAGCGGAAACUGCUUUCGCCAACUUAACAUCAUUAAAAGUUUUACAGUUGGACGACAACUUCCUGACACAAAUACCUCAGGCCCUGACCAAGCUGCCCGACCUACAAGAACUGUCGAUAUCGGGCAACAGGAUCAAGUACAUAGCAGGUGGUGUGUUGCAGAAGACACCGAAUCUCGCACUGUUGGAAUUAAAGGGAAAUCCUCUUUUCGGUGUCGACGCCCACGCGUUUUCCUUCCUCCCUCGUCUACGAAGGCUGAUUCUGUCUGAGGCACGCGAUUUGUCAACGUUCCCAAAUUUAAAUGGAACCACCGCUCUGGAAGUGCUUAGGCUCGAUCGGGCUGGCAUUUCCAGCGUUCCCAUCACUUUAUGUACCACGUGCCCGAGACUGAAAAGCUUAGACCUGAAAUCCAACAAGCUAACUGUGGUCCCAGAUUUAAAUAAUUGCAGAGAAAUGAGAGUUUUAGACUUGGCGAGCAAUUACAUCAAGUCCAUCGAAGAGCGGCCUUUCCGAGGAAUGUACCAAAUGCACGACUUGCUAUUGGCCAACAACCAGAUCCAGUACAUCCCGCAGGACGCUUUCUACAACCUGUCCAAAUUACAAGUCCUCGACAUGGAGAACAAUCAGAUAUCGUUCAUACAUCCGGACGCCUUCCUGGCAAUAUCGAAAAUUGAGGAUCUUAACUUGGGCAACAAUGUGUUCUCUCAUCUUCCAUCAGCAGGACUGGAGCGUCUCUUACAUUUAAAAACAUUUAACAACCCAAAUCUAAGAGAAUUUCCUCCACCAGAAGACUUUCCAAGAAUCCAAACCUUGAUCUUAGCCUACGCUUACCAUUGUUGUGCUUUUUUACCAUUAAUUCCCUCCAAUCCUCCGCCCAGUGCCAAAGACAUCAUCGUCUUUCCAGACAUUGAUGAAAUCGAUUUAAAUAUCUGGAACAGUUCUGUAGACUUAUGGCCUUCUCAACAAAACAUGAGUAAUAAAUUCGGCAAAAAGUUCACCGAAAUCUGGGAAAACCUCCACUCCGACUUUACGUACCCAGGCAACUUUCCGAGUUACAUGGAAGAGUAUGCUGCGGAAGACGACCCCCUGUUACGCAUGCCAGGAGAUAUUAACACGGGAAUGCCGGGAAAAAUUCAAUGUCUGCCCCUUCCAGGUCCCUUUUUACCAUGUCAGGACCUGUUCGAUUGGUGGACCUUGCGAUGCGGCGUUUGGAUCGUGUUCCUGUGCGCAAUGUUGGGCAACGGCACAGUUGUUUUUGUUUUGAUCUUUUCCAGAAGCAAAAUGGAUGUUCCCAGGUUUCUAGUUUGUAAUUUGGCUGCUGCAGAUUUUUUCAUGGGAAUUUACUUAGGUUUUUUGGCAGUAGUGGAUGCUUCAACUCUAGGCGAAUUUCGAAUGUACGCCAUCCCUUGGCAAAUGUCUCCUGGUUGUCAAUUAGCUGGAUUUUUGGGGGUGCUCAGCUCUGAAUUGUCAGUUUAUACCCUUGCAGUAAUAACUCUUGAACGAAAUUAUGCGAUAACCCACGCAAUGCACCUCAACAAAAGACUCUCUUUGAAACACGCGGGAUACAUCAUGAUUUGCGGUUGGAGUUUUGCCAUCGUUAUGGCAAUUCUUCCUUUGUUCAGUAUAUCUGACUACCGGAAGUUCGCUGUAUGUCUACCGUUUGAAACUAAAGAUGCUGCCAGUUUAACGUACGUCGUGUUUCUGAUGUUUAUCAACGGCGUAGCCUUUCUGAUUCUAAUGGGGUGUUAUUUAAAAAUGUACUGUGCCAUACGAGGAUCUCAAGCAUGGAACUCUAAUGAUUCCCGAAUUGCCAAACGUAUGGCGUUGUUAGUGUUUACUGAUUUUUUGUGUUGGUCACCCAUAGCUUUCUUCUCGCUGACAGCUGCGUUCGGACUGCAGCUCAUCACCUUGGAACAAGCGAAAGUGUUCACUGUGUUUGUGCUGCCGUUGAACUCGUGCUGCAACCCUUUUCUGUACGCUAUUUUGACAAAGCAGUUCAAAAAAGACUGCGUGAUGAUCUGCAAGGCCAUCGAAGAGAGCAGAGUCACCAGAGGCAUUGGGCGGUGCAGACACAGUUCUAACUUCAGUAACAGACAAACUCCUGCUAAUACUAACAGCUUAGCUGACAGAUCCUCUAGAGAAAACCAAAACCAUCACGUGCCAACUUGCACGUGCAACGUUAAAUUGCUUGGAGACACAAACAACCAACAACCUAGGGUGGAUAGAAAAGCAAGAACUAGAGAGUGGUUGUUGAGCAAAGCACGUUGGUUGCUGUGUGUCCGGAGACCUGCAAGGCACAGGCCAAGGAACGAUCAGUACACUUAUCAGAUUGCAGAGAUUCAACAAAAGCAACACAAGAGGGCGUCUUCUGUUAGUUCCAGUGAAAACUUUUCCUCGUCCAGGUCAGAUUCGUGGAGGCACAAUCAUCAUUGCAGCAUCCCGCUGCGACUGCUAGAUCCAAAGCGAAGAGCGUCCUCUUGGUUGGUCACGAGAAAGACGUCGCAAGACUCGAAUUUGUCUAGUUCAAGGAACGAUUCCUCCGGGUCGGCGACGACGGCCAGCACGAGCACGUGGCGCAUCAGCAGGUCCAGCGGAAGCAGUGAGCCCACCAGGCUUAGGGCGAAACCCAGGUUGACCAGACAAUGUGCCAUACAAGACGAGAAUGAACCUCCCGGGUCUCCAGGGAGACUCACUGUCAGGUUUCUGACAACGAUUCCGUCAGCUGCUGAGAACAGCAUGCAACUGGAAGACGACCAGCAGCCGACGAUUCUGGUGAGUCCUGUGAAGGAGAAGGAAGGGCCCUUGUACGCGAUUCUACAUACGCAGCCGGUGACGCCGGUCAGGAGGCAGAGUAUCGUGACCCUGCAUCCCAUAGAGAGUGGCAAGGAUCCAGCCAAGGACGAAUCUAGUCAAAAUCAACAGAAAAAUAAUCAGACUAAUCAUAAGGAUGCUGGGCCGUCUAGGUAAUAGUGACUGAGGCUGGACCCAGGGUGUGACUAAAUUUGUACUUAAAUUCGUCAGUUUUAACCAUUUUUCAGUGUUAUUCAAAAAAUUAAAAGAAGAAGGUGUUAUUUAAUUAAUGUUUAUCGAAAUUCUUGUUAUAAUGAAAUGCUUGUUAAAAUUGACGAACAAUUUAUAUAUAGAAAUAAUAUUAAUGUGUGUAACUAGGAAUCUUACAAGUCAUCAACAGAACUAUUGACGUGAUAUUUCUGCAAAUCCGAGAGAACUUGUCGGUUAGCUAUACCAAAACACACCACUAUAAAAAGUUAUAAACAAUUCCUAACUGUAGUAUUUAUUUUAAUUUAUUUUCUACCAAUAUUAAUGUGAAAGAUGUCGUUGUGCAUAGAAAAAACUGCCAGGCGAUUUGCUCAAAAAUACGAGACAAUAUUUUGAAAUUACAUUUUACAUUGUACAUUAAUUAUCGUAUAUAUUUGUAUAAAAUUGCAGGGCGGCAACUUUUGAACAUAGAUUUUGUAAUUUUUUAUAGUGAAAGUUUACCAAAAUGUAUAUUUAAGUGAAUAUAUUUAAGGGGCAUUACAGUGUUACAGCAGUGAAAAUGAAAAAAAUUAGAAUCCAUUUAUUCAAUGUGAAAAUUUUGAUUUUCAUAAAAACCCCGGUUUUUGAGCGUAAUGACCUAAUUUUUGUACAUUUUAUUUAUUGAAAAGUUGUAUAUAUACAAACUAAGAAUGCGUGAUAUGUUUAGAUGUAAGUCAAGAUAAUAACAAUAAGUGAUAAUUACCUUUUAAAGCAAAUAUAUAAAAAAUACAGAAAAUGUUAUUUAAUAUUUAUACAUUAAAGACGUUCCAUGUUAUUUAUAGGUUGUACGAGAGGAAAAAAAUAAGAAAAAUUCCAAUGUUAAUCAUAGUAUUACUAUAUUCUAUUAAUGUAUACAAAGACUACCUCCUAAAUACAUACAAAGACUUAAAUAAAAUAUACACUUAAAAGUA